CAUUACCAUAGUACUAUUUUGUGUACUGUAUAUAAUAAAAUAUAUUUAACUUAAUAAUUUAUUUUUAUUUAAAUAUUCAAAUAAAUGUUUGCAAUCUUGUUCAACAUGUCCGAUGAUGAGCAAGAUAACUUUUUCGAAGCAAACACAUUGGAUGUACCAAAUACACCACCUGUCCCUCGAGGGCGCACCACUCCACCAGACACCACACAUUCAGAUGGCGAUGAGGAGAGUGAGCAUGGACAAUUCACAUGUCCCAUAUGUAUCGAAACAUAUACGUUAGACAAAUUGGAGGAUUUCGGAUGCGGACACCUAUUUUGCACGGGUUGUGUGAAAGCCUAUUUAACAGUGGGUAUAAGGGAGGGAGAUGUGCUGGAUAUUGAAUGUAUGGACCAGGAUUGUCACGUUAUUGUCACGCAAGAGUUGGUGCAAAAUAUAUUGGACGACGACGUACUUUAUAAGCGCUAUCAGUAUUUGCUACUUAAGGUUGCCGUGGAGGACAUACCUUAUGUGUAUUACUGUCCAACACCUACUUGCACAGGCAUUACUGAGGCGGAAGUUGAUCAUGCUGCCUGUUCCGAGUGCGGGCUAGCAUACCACGAGCGCACCGACUGUGACCUGGAUGAUGAUGAGCGCCGUAAUCUUAUCCAAUUGAAUGACGACAAAGACUAUGUGGAGAGUAUAGUGUCUGAAGAUGAACUAAAUCGCAGGGCCAUCGAGGCGUUGGUCGAGGAGGACAGACAGUGGUUGGAGACUAUCAGUAGAGAACAGGCGGCGAUCCGUCGCGCGGAACAGCUGUUCGAAGAGCAGAGACGGGCCGAUGAGGAGCGCAGGGCUGAGGAGGAGAGACGGGUUAGGGAGCAGAGGGAACGGGAGGAGAGGGAGCGAAGGGAACGGGAGAUUGUGGCCGAACAGGAGGCCGAGAGACUGAGACUUGAGAGGGAACGCCAGGAAGAGCGUCGUAAACAGGAUGAGAGUUCGGAGCAGACGAUCCGGAUUACGUCAAAACCGUGUCCGGGGUGUCGACGGCCCAUCGAAUUGACCUAA